AUGGCACUUUGUGACUCCAUUGGCCGCAAUUGCUGUCAAUGGCAAGUACGAUUUGUAUCGCUUGUAGAUUACAAAUCGGUCCAAACGCUCUAUUUCGAAUCCAAAGCGCUAUCGGUCGACGCCAAUUCCAGAUUUGUCGCGGUGACGCGGACAGAUUCGAUAACCAUCUUGGAUGCCAAUUCAUUCUUGGAGUGCUUCACCAUUGCCUGUGUUAGACCGACGGUCUGGUCCAACGGGAGCCCGAAGAACAUUCCUCAUUCGAUGGGAGUGCGUUGGUUUGCAUUUGCGGACGCCAAGCCCGUGUACCAUCAUCUCUCUCGUUGUGGGGAUGCCAGUUCGGAUGAAUCCCAACCGCUGAGUUCGACCGUCUUGAAUGUGAACAAGCCCAACGAGCAACAGUCUUGGGUUGAUUCGGGGGAGCUGAAGGAACGGGUGGUUGUCCUACAAAUAUUCUACGUCGAAAUCGAGUUUGUCAUUCCAUUCACACAAAAUUUGGUGUUCACGCAGGACCGCAUAUGGAACAGUCUGUCUGCACUAGCUAGCACAGUUGUUUCGGGCAGUGCAGCCGGUACAAAUCAACCCAGUUUCCAACACGACCAUAUGCGAUCGUCACCACGUCUCUCAGGUUCCACGCAAUCUUCCGCGAUCCCAGAAUCCAACUGGGCUGGGGACUCCAGCGGCGCCGGAUCGCCAAGCACCACCCCGGGUUAUGUAACCGUUGUUGAUUUGGUCGCACUGCACAAACAGUUUGCUGCUUGGCGAAAACUGGAAGCAGCAACGGCCACGGUCACCUUGUCGACAGGCGCAACGCUGCAUCCAGACCACACAGCUGCCCCUCAGUUUUCCUCGUCUUCCUCCGGUGGUGGGACAGCAAUGUUAUCUGGAACAGCCUACUUGAAUGUCCACGAUCACUGUAAAGCCGGUUCUGUUGUGGCUCACUUCAUGGCGCAUCGAUGGGCAAACGUGGCCAUGAUAAAAUUCGAUCCAACGGGCAGUCUUCUGUUUACCGCAUGCACCCGGGGUCACACAUUCAACCUAUUUCGGAUCUCUAGUCACCCGUGGGAUCAACGUCAGACCGCGGUCCAUCACCUCUACAUUCUUGAACGUGGCACAAUGCCGUGUGAGGCCUCCUUUCCAGAACCGAGUGCGUUGAAUUGCACACGUACAAAUAAACUCAUGCCACACCGUUCGUCGCGUGGUGCCAUCAGCUGGGUUGCCUUACUUGCUACAUGCAUCAGCAGGGCGGAAACAAGAAUUGAAUAUGCAAGCACAGUGAUUGAGCUAAUCGUCACAUCACUCUCCACUCGCUUCUGGCUGCUCACCUCUGGUGAUCCAGAGGCUGCUGCGGCAGGAUCUAUAGGGGUUGGUAUCGUCCUAAUUCACCGGGUGGAAGGAUCCUUGCUUGACCUGAUACCCGUUGAUAGUCGCCUCUGUUCAGUUCUCCUGGCAACGUCUCACAAGCGGAAAAUUGGCCGCUGCCUCUAUGUCGUGUUUGCUUACGUCCCGACUGACUGUAGCUCUGGUACCAUCGAAGCGAAUUUGUAUGACACCCUAAAUGCCCUGUUGCGGCAGGUGGUUGCCGGAGAUACGAAUUCACAAGUGGGCAGGGUUAACGCAUCUGAGACUCAAUUAGGUGGUCGAAAUGGACUGGACUCGGUUGUGGAUGCCUCGUUCUCAUGUGAUACCCGGUGGUUGGCUGUGAGCACGAAUCACGGUACUACCCACGUCUUUCCCAUCACGGCCUAUGGCGGUCCAAUCACCGUACGGACUCACACGCGACCUUACGUGGUCAACCGCACGUCGCGGUAUCACCGGUCUUCCGGGUUGGAAGAACACCACCUCACCCGACCUCAGCGUGAGCGAAGCUCUUCGGACCUGACUCUGGGACAACUGGCAUCCACUGGCUCCUCAUCGGAUUCCGGACAACUGAUCAAAGGUGUUCUUAAACCCGGAAACAUGUGCUGUGGAGCUCCAAUGGCUGGACUUUCGCCACAAUGUCCUCACCUUGGUGUCCCAACACAUCUUACUCUGAGGAAUCCCGCUGUUUGUAUUGAUGCAGGUCCCGGCGAAGGUAUCGGAGCUAUUUGUGAUACACCAGUCUAUGCUACCGACCCACCAGUCUUCCCCGCCGCGCUGGACGGAGCCUGUGCCUGCCCUUUGAAUGCCCGUUACAAUCAGACCAACCCUCGUUUGCCCCCCUACCCGGAACCGUGUCACAUCAAACCAGAAGCUCGACUAAGGCCUCAUAUGGCGAGUAGUAGUACCACAACCGGCGCCGCUGUAGCUGCCUUGGGUGCAUUGGAAGCUGUGUCCUCAUCCACCUCAAACCGCCCCCAACCGUCCCCUCUCCUGUUCUCCAGCAAACAUUCAGGGCCUUGUAUGCAUUAUCCCGCCCGCGUGAAGCCAUCGCAGACUUGUCAGGCGCCCAGUCGUCAUCAGCCAUCCUAUUGUCAUCCUCUUCCAAUUGUGGACCACCAUGUGGACAGUUUUGCGGGGGCCGUCGGUGGUCCACUUAUGGCAGCGCGUUUCGCUCCUCCGAUUUGUUUUUCGCCCAAUCGCCCCCGACAAAGCAGUUCCGUGGCGGAUCAGACAUGUGACCCCUACGGGAGCAAGGCGCGCCCGGUGGAUGGUCUGUUCAUUCUGACCGCAGACCUUCAUUUGGUGGAAUACGACCUGUGCGUGGGUCCAGCAGAGACCUCACAGUAUGGCGAGAAGCUGUAUCAGGAAGCUUCCAUCCGGUUGGACUGUACUCCGGUUGGAGAAUGGAACCUCCAAACAGACGCCAUUUGUGUCCCACCGUUUUCGAAACAGCAUCCCAUACUCGUUGCCACUGCGAACCUGAUCAAUACAAGUCGUAGUCGUGCGCCGUCGGCCCGCGCCACCGAUGCCGGAGAUUCGCCAAAUGUAACGGCGCAUUCGGAACUUCCAUCAUCCGAGGAUAUCACUCAGGUGUCCGAAAGCAGCGGUCCUACUCUUUCUACGAAAACAGAUGAUGAUCCGGAGAGUUCUACCGUCGCACCGGCGGGCUGGAGCCCUGAGGACGCUGCAUCUUACUGGUACAGCCAGGUCGAAAUUACGACACAUCUGGGCCCCCUGCGUCGCGUUUGGAUGGGACCGCAGUUUACCUUCCGUCCCUACUCAUCAUUGCUUGAUUCUACCGGUUCAUCCCUCGACGAAUAUUCCCCGUGCUCCGUAAUGGACCCCGCCUCCGUUAUGGAUUCUAUUACCUCUUCCGAACUCUACAAAUUUCUCCCUCCCUGCAACCAACCCGCUUCGAUGAUAUCCUACUACGGUUCUCCUAGCCAGUUCGACUCGGAGGCCGUGGAAUUCUCUUGCACUAGCGCGUCCGGACAACCGACAUUGUCCAGUGGCCAGUCUUUCAGUGGGGCUACAAUGCUGCUACCAGAAAGCGGAGUUAGUGGGUCGGCGUCACCUGGUAGGCCGCAUCCAAAAUCCGGCACACUACACUCCGUCCCCGGUCGGCUGCUAGAGGGCAUCGCUCGCUUAAGGAAUUCUUCAGGAGAUUCCACCCAUCCAUUAAGCAUUCCGCGUCCUUUGGGGUCGGCCGAUGCCUCGGUGGUUAUUGAAGGAGAAUGUGUUGACCAGGCUCACUCACUUAUCAGCGGCAAAAAUCCAGGGAAAAUGAUGAUGUAUCAGACUCACAUCUUCGUGAGUUCCCGUUUUCUCUUCGAUGAGGAGUUUAUCGGUCGUUUGAUUAAGAGGCAGUACUUUAGUUGGGCCGGGGAACGAAGUCUGCUAAGACAUUAUGUUUGUAAUGUUUCACGCACUAAGUCUUCCUUGAAUUCAAAAACAUUUCGGUGCUUCUCAACACAGGACGAGGAGGCCUGUUGGCGAGGGGAGCGGGAUCCCCAUGACUCCAGCUCUGCUGUCACACCGGUGGGAUCAUCUAUGCUGUCGCCGUUCACUGUCAGAUCCAUUCCAAUCGCAGUUCCGACUCGUAGCUAUUCUCCGAUUCCGCGCCCCGAAUCGAUCACCAUACAGUCCGCCUUGUCCGAGGAUGACUUCCCUAGUCAGAAUGUGUCUCCCCGUGAGGCCUCCACAAUCCCGUGGUGUGAGCAAACAGCUGAAGCGAUCGGAGAUCCCUUGUCCUUUCCAGAUGUCCCGCCCGCUCAUGCGAAUCCCAUCAGUCAUCCGGCCACAUCCGAGGGUGUUGAUCAUGCAGCGCAAUCAGACCAUACAUUGACUGUUGAAGCUCACAAACAAACGAAGAAGAAAAGCAAACGCUCAAAGAAGAGUAGACCAGGGAUUCUCAAAUCUUCGUUGACUUCCAGCGCUGGCGAGUUGACACGAGAAAUUCCCUCGGAUAGCGAAGCCUGGAAGCAGCCUGUGACGUCUCUGACAAGCCCAUCAAUUUCCGGCCCGCAAAGUCUCAGUUCAUCUCCUGCAGUAGGCAGCGCGCUUCAUCGUGUGAUGGCAGAUCGUCUGAGGCCCGUGGUCUCUGACACAGGUCACAGUUCUCCCGAGCCACCUGUUGUCACGUGCCACCCCAAGUGCAAGCCGCAAAGUCGUCCAUCCUCCCAGGCUUCUUUGGAGCUGCUAGCGAACGACCGGACUGAAUCUCACUCAGUUGGCUCUCCGGAGUAG